AUAGAUGAACAGUAGCGUGCAACAUGGAGAUCAUUCGUUUUGUUUUGUUCAUAACCUUAUUGUUGCAGAAAAUCAAUGGUUACUGUCUGCCAUAUGAAAGUGAUUACUAUGACGGAACAUAUUGCCUAAAAAUAUGUCCACAUGAAACAGUACUUCAUCGAGGCCAUUGUAUAAAAGAAUGCCCCGACUUCAGUCAAGUCUUGUCAAACGGAAUAGUGCGUUAUUGCAACAUGUCAAGUGAUAUUCCAUGCUCAAAAUUUUUAUGUUCAUCACAUUUUCCAUACUGUUAUGAAAGCAAUUGCCUCAAAUUUUGUCCUGAAUUCACCGUUGCUUUUAACGGAAUUUGUCUGAUGCGAUGUCCCUUAGAUGCACCUUAUUUAACAACUCCGAAUUGUAAAGGUUUGUGCUUACAAGGGGAAAAAUUCUGUAACUCUGUCUGCUCCACAAAUAAACCGUACACUUUGAACACAGGCCAUUUCAUUCACUGCCUGACAGAGUGUCCAGAUUUCACAAGCAGGAAUGGGACCUCGUGUAAUUUAUCAUGCCCUGAGAGCCUCCCCUUUCUGUUUAAUAGGACCUGUUUCUCCAUGUGUCCGAAGUCUGCAAACUACGUGAUUCUAAAAAGAACAAAGUACAACUCAAUUUUGUCCUGUAUAGAACAAUGUCCCUCUGAUCUGGUCACCGAUAAUAAUACUUGUGUUAAGUUUUGUCCACCUGGAAAACAUCUAUUCAACGAUACUUGUGUUACAGAAUGCCCAAAUACAAAUCCGUUUAUUUACCCUCGAGAAUUUACAUCUAUACCAAAUAUAAAGAAUUUUGGCAAAGCAGAAUUUAUGUGCGUAGAUUCCUGUACUAAUCCGAGUUACAAGAGGGCAAAUUUUACAUGUGUUGUUAAGUGCAAUGGACCAUUAAAAUACAACUUAAAUGGUGUCUGCGUGGAGGAGUGUCCAUCAAGUCAGUUCUUCGUGGAUAUGCAGACAUAUGACUGUCUAUCUCAGUGCCAGUCUCAUCAUCACCAACACGGUAACUUCUGUACAACCAAUUGUCCAGACACCACAAACAAACGUUAUAAUGGUUCCUGUGUCGACCAAUGUCCCGAAGAAGCAAUCUUUGAGCAAUCAUUGUCCAACUUGGACUUAGACUGCGUUUCAUCAUGUCGGAAAUUUUAUUUUAAACAAAGAUGCGUCGACAUUUGCCCUUCUAUUGCAAAAUUCAUUGUGAAUGCUUCGUGUAUAAUAGAAUGCCCAACAGAAGUCCCUUAUGUUAAUAUCAUUCAUUCACAAGAAAAGAGAUAUCCCUAUACUCAACACGACUACAUGUAUUGUGUUGAAAAUUGCCCAUCCGGCUAUUUUUUUCACAAAAAUAUUUGUGUUAAAUCCUGUCCAAGUGUUGCUAACUUGGUAUUAAAUUCUACCUGUGUUUCCGAGUGUUCUCUUGAAAAGCCUUUCAUUUACAUCAAUUAUACGGAAACCAGGGACACGUACAGGUCCUGGGAACUCAUAAAAACCGAACAUAGAUUUUGUUUGGAAUAUUGUCCCAAAUCUUACAUUACAAAUGGAAAAAUGUGUGUAACUUCUUGCCCAAAAGACAAAGUUUUAUUUCAGAAGACCUGCUUGGAAGAAUGUCCUCCUUCAAAGCCUUUAACAUAUAUUGAAAAUAAAAACGAAAACGCUAAAUUAAUGUGUGUAAGCUCCUGUCCUAAAGGAACGCAUAGCGUGCAUGACAAAUGCUAUGAUCACUGUCCAUUUCCGCUUGGGACAUUUCUAUGGAAUUGUACCGACAUCUGCCCUUCAUCACAUCAACUGAGAGAAAAUCAGACCAUAGUUAUUGGAAACUAUAACUAUGGUCCAACAAUGGUAAUUGUAAACUGUGUUGAUAAAUGCAGCAGAUUCAAAGUAUCCCAAAACAACACAUGUCAGAACAAGUGCUUUUUUCCCAAGCUUUACAUUGAUAAAAGUGUAUGUGUGGACAAAUGUUCUGAUGAACAUCAUUAUUUUGAAGUCGCUCCCGAAGGAAAACGAUGCCACAUCAGAUGCCCGCGUCACUUGUUCUAUUUGGAGGGAACUUAUCAAUGUGUGCAAAACUGCGAAGCGCCAUAUCUCAUCGUAGACAACAAGUGUCAAAACAUCAGAACAUGUCCUAACCAUGCUUUGACUGAACAUACAAAUCGUGGGGUCAGGUGUACCAACAAAUGUUCUCCUAGGUUCUUUCUCGAUGGAACCAAAUGUCUGGAAGAGUGUCCUGGCCAUAAAGUGAUUAUUGAAAACAUAUGUGCUGAGCAUUGUCCUUACACUCAUCCUUAUGAAUAUAAAAACGACCGAAUUCAUUGUAUGAACAUGUGUCCAGAUGAUUAUGUAGCGAAUAAAAUUUCUAAAAAGUGUAUAUCAAAUGAGGACUGCCAUAGAGCUGGUAUGUUCUCUUUCUACCACGUUUGCCAUGACUCUUGUCCCUUUUUCACAUAUUACAAUGACGAUGGAACUUGCUCAUCCUCGUUUAAUUUUGUGUUUACAGGCUCCGUUAUGUAUUUCAUGUCAACAAUUAAUCUCUUCAUUUUGUAUUUGUUGUUUUGCUAUUCCCCGCAGCAAGCAAAAGAAAAAUGCACACAAAAUGAUCAACUCGAAAGAGAAGAAGAUAUUUCAAUGGACGAUUCUUCAACUAGCGAUUUAUAAACGGAAGAUAUUGCUUCUUAACAGAUACAGUGUGUACAUUGACAGUCGGUGAUGCUCGAGUCUUUGAAUUUAGAGUAUUCCAUUGGUCAAACGUUUCUUUAAUUUGUGUAAAUUAAAGGUAACGAAUGUUUGCGUCACUAGUGGUGAACACCUAAACGUUUUUGUAAAAAAGAACAAAUAAAAGGAAUUUAUUUUACGGACACCAAAAUACUUUUCUCUACUUCUUUUGUUUUU